AUGAGUCAGAAGGUAGAAAAACCAGUAUUAUCGGGUCAACGGAUCAAGACCAGAAAAAGAGAUGAGAAAGAGAAGUAUGACCCUAACGGGUUCCGCGACGCGCUGGUGUCGGGUCUGGAGCGCGCGGGGGACCUCGAGGCGGCCUACAAGUACCUAGACGCGGCCGGCUCCAAGCUCGACUACCGCCGCUAUGGCGAGGUCAUCUUCGACGUGCUCAUCGCCGGGGGGCUGCUGCUGCCCGGCGGCUCUGUGUCUAUGGACGGAGAGACUCCCAAGACUAACACUUGCAUCUUCAACGCCAGCGAGGACAUGGAGUCGAUGAGGAACUUUGAACAGGUAUUUGUGAAACUGAUGCGUCGCUACAAAUAUCUCGAGAAGAUGUUCGAGGAGGAAAUGAAGAAGGUGCUGGUUUACCUCAAGGGAUUCGAACCUCUGCAACGCAUCAAAUUGGCACGAAUGACUGCUCUGUGGAUCGGUAACGGCUGUGUCCCCCCGUCUGUGUUACUGGUGUUGGUGAACGAGCACCUGUUGAAGGAGAACCUGGCGCUGGACUUCGUGUUGGAGGUGUUCGCUACUGUGAAGGCCGAGAAGGGAGUCGCUAGUCUGGUCACCGCGCUCAAGAGGGGGCAACUGGAGGGCAGACUGUUAGAGUUCCUCCCUCUCAAUCGUCGCAGUGAGGAUGUGUUGGCGAGCGCGUUCGCCUCGCGCGGUCUCGCUGAGCUAUUGAGGCUGCACCGGGCGCAGGCGUCUCAAGAAGCUCGCCGCGAACUGACUCAGGCGCUUCAGGAACAACUGGCGGACGAGCGGCCCGUGAGGGACCUCAUCACAGACCUUAGGGACAUGGCGCAGAGGCUUGAUAUACCCGACCAUGAGGUCGUCGCUAUUACCUGGCAGUGCGUGAUGUCCCGCGGCGAGUGGAACAAGAAGGAGGAGCUGCUGGCGGAGCAGGCCGCCAAGCAUCUGAGACACUACACGCCGCUACUGGCUGCGUUCGCACAGUCCGCCAAGGCUGAGAUAGCUCUGCUCACUAAGGUUCAAGAGUACUGCUACGAGAACAUGAGCUUCAUGAGGGCGUUCAGUAAGCUGGUGUUGAUGCUGUACAAGAGUAAUGUGCUGAGCGAGGAGGUGAUCCUCAAGUGGUACAGGGACCCCAACUCGAGCAAGGGCAAGGUGAUGUUCCUCGAUCAGAUGAAGAAGUUUGUGGAGUGGCUGCAGAGCGCCGAGGAGGAAUCGGAGAGCGGCGAAGAAGAAGAUUAG